UUUCCUACAAUCUACACCGCAACUAAAGUCUUUGAGAUAUUGAUUCUCCCCGAAUGUGUAUAGUUCUAAAGUAUUCAAUUUCAGUGUUUAGAAAUGUGUGUUAAAUAUUAUCAUAAAAAGCUGAACAUUUAAAAUAUUUGUUCAAUUUCGGAAGUCUUUUAACCUGUGCGUUUGAUUAAUAUCGGUUUGGUUUCCUGAAAUCAGUUGUUUUCAAAAAACAAAAGAAUUCAAUAAAAAAUUAUAUCGAAUAAGAAAAUAAUAUAUACAUUAUAUAUGUAUAUGAAAAUCUUUUUCAUGAUGUGUGUACCCUAAGCCAAUUUCUGUUCUGGAGUUGACCUAGCCCCGUUUGUGUAGUAGAUAAUAGUUGCAUCAAAUGAAUUAAGUUGCCUUAUAGUGAAAUAGAAACAUGAAAAAUCUAUAAAAUGAAAGUGUGAUUCCCUUGCUCCCUGUAUCUUUGCCAAAGUUUUCGUUUCUCUUUAAUUUAUUUUUGGGGGAUCAGGGAUACAGUUUUACUUUUAAUUUCCAUCUUAAAUGAGAAAUGCAAGCAAAUAAUAAAACUGCACUUGGGCCACAAACAUCAUCUACAGCCUCAACAUCGUCUGGAAGACAAGUUGUUGAACUUAAUGGUUACGUGAUAAUACUUGUUGAAGGGCGAGAUGGAAAGAUCAAAUUAUACGGUUCUCCAGGAGAAAAAGAUAACCUCGAAGUGGCAGAUGAGAUACUCGAUGUUAAUGAGAAAAAAUUGGAAGAUCUGCCACGGACAGAGGUUAUCCGCCAUAUUCAUGAGUGUAUUCAGUCAUGUAUGAUCAAACUUCGGGUGAAACGAAGAAGCGAUUCAAGAUUGGCUGGUGAACUUGGAAAUGCUGUUCAAGAUGCAUUCGUCAUUGCCGUUGAACAGCAGGCUAGAGAACGUUUACAACGUCUAUCGGCGCUCAAACGGGUCACACCAGUUGAUAUGUCACAACUGUCAAUCAAGUUAAAUCAACAAAACAGCGUUAAAGGUAGACAAACAACAAAUCAGGAUUUGAGUUUUCUCAAAGAAGCGUCUCCAAUUUAUGUGACAUCAUUUACCAGUAAUCAUACAACAGCGGGCAUAUCGACGAUAACUACAGCCACAGCGGCAUCUAUAGCCCCAACACCUUCGUCUAUAGUUUUUACAUCGCCAAUAGCAAAUUCAAUAACACCUUCGGAUAAGAAUGCUAAUUCAACUCAAUCAACAACAGAAAAAGGAACAGCAACAACUACAACAACGGUUAAUACGAAAGUGAGACUGGUCCACCUUUGCCCCAACAGUUAUCAGCAAUAUCUACCACACUCAACUCUUCCACAUCAACAACAUCAUCUUCAUCAACUUCAACCAAUCCAUAUGGUGUUAGCAAUUACCAGCAUAACAGUCAACUUAUAAUCGGAAAUAGUUCAGGUCUAAGUAGUGGAAAUAAUUUAAUCAAUAAUUAUACCAGCAGUGACGGCGCUGACGGGGGAGCACAACAAAAGCACCCUCACAACAUUGUUGCUUGCAACAAUUUUACCAACUUGAAGA